AUGAAGCUGGUACCCAUCUUUCUGCUGUUGACCAUUGGUAUUUGUGGUUAUUCUGCCACUGCCUUUCUCAUCAACAAAGUCCCUCUUCCUCUUAAUCAAUUGCCUUUACCUUUGGACAACAUUAUUCCCUCAUUUGAUCCCUUGAAGAUGCUUCUGAAAACACUGGGCAUUUCUGUAGAACAUUUGGUGGAAGGGCUGAAGAAGUGUGUGGAUGAACUGGGGCCAGAGGCUUCAGAGGCUGUCAAGAAGCUUCUGGAGGCUCUCUCAUAUCUGGUGUAA